AAGACAAUCUUGUUCAAUAUAAAUAAACCCCUUUGCAUGUGAUGUGAUUCAUUUUGGCUGAGGGAAAAAACAAAACCUUCGGUUUUUUCCGUUCCACCACCCCAAUGGAACCCGAGAGAAUUCCGAAAUCCUUCGGUUGUUUCCCUCACAGGAGCCUGCGAACAACCCUCCAACGUUGCAAGUCACUAAAGUCCAGUUCGAAAUCAUCUCCUCGGUCUCCAAACUCUACAAAUAUUACUACUACGAGGAAAACCAGUGCAACGAGAGAAGAGGAGUUGAAAGAAGUUUUUCGCCGUUUCGAUGGAGACAGCGACGGGAAGAUAUCGGCCGUUGAGCUGAGGGCUUAUUUCGCCUCGAUAGGGGAGUACAUGUCGCACGAGGAGGCGCGGGGAGUCAUCGAAGAUCUGGAUGCGGAUGGAGAUAACUUGAUGGAUUUUGGAGACUUUCUGAGGCUGAUGAAGAAGGAAGGUAAAGGAGACGGGGACGACGAGGACAUCAAGGCCGCGUUCGAGAUGUUUGAAUUCGGGAAGGGGUCGGGACGGAUCACGUCGAAGAGUUUGCAGAGGGUUUUGAGCCGGUUUGGGGAUGAGAAAUCGCAAGAUGAGUGUGAAGCCAUGAUUCGGGCGUACGAUGCGGACGGGAAUGGGGAGCUGGAUUUUCACGAGUUUUACCAGAUGAUGGCCUGAUGUACUUUUCGAAUUAUCUUCUUUGUGUUUUUAUUGCAGUUAUUUUACCUGAAAACAUGCAUUUACAGGAAAUUGCAGUUGAUCAAUAUUGAGAGGAAACUCACAAACUGUGUGUAAUACAUUAUUGAUUAUACAAGGUGUUGCAUUUUCCAUCA